AUUGCUUUACUACAUUUCACAGAAACCCAAGAGGAUUUCUUGUGACUUUGGUUUUUCUUGAAACUUCCCAAUUAUAACUAACUAGUUACACACAGACACACAGGCAUAUAUGGCCCCCUGCUACAAGAGAACACUGCAAGAAAUUCUAACCAGCAAAGCCACUUUUCAUUCUCUUUUAACUAUAAAUAUAUACAUACACACAAAUAUAUAUAUAUAUAUAUAUACGCCUACCAUACCAACCCUUUCUCCUUCAUAUUAUAUCUCAAAUCCUAAACUUAGGAACUGAAAAAAAAAAAAAAACACAAGUACGUUCCAUUUUGUAACUAACUAAAAGAAAAAGAAGAAAUUUAUGUUUGGAACUUCAUACUUUCAUUCGUUUUCUUGUUAGCUGACUACCUUUGAUCAUUUGCUUUCAAAAAGACAAGAAGAAGAAACAAAAAUGGGUUUAAGAGACAUUGGAGCAACUCUGCCUCCUGGGUUUAGGUUCUACCCAAGCGACGAGGAACUGGUCUGCCAUUAUCUCUACAAAAAGAUAACAAAUGAAGAGGUUUUGAAGGGUACUUUGGUUGAAAUUGACUUGCAUACUUGUGAGCCAUGGCAGCUACCUGAGGUGGCAAAGCUCAAUGCAACCGAGUGGUACUUCUUCAGCUUCCGAGAUAGGAAGUAUGCAACCGGAUUCCGAACCAACCGCGCUACGACAUCUGGAUACUGGAAAGCUACUGGGAAAGAUCGUACCGUUCUUGACCCUACAACUCGUGAGAUUGUAGGGAUGAGGAAGACUUUGGUGUUCUACAGGAAUAGAGCUCCUAAUGGUAUCAAAACUGGUUGGAUCAUGCAUGAGUUUCGUCUUGAGACCCCACAUAUGCCUCCUAAGGAAGACUGGGUCUUGUGCAGAGUAUUCUACAAAGGCAAAGGAGAUCAUGAUCAAAACAGCAGCAAUAAGUUCAAUUCAUCACAAUUCAUGUUUGAUGACACAGCUAAUGUUCCUUUGAAUUUAGAAGCAUCUCCAUUAACUGAUCAUCGUUACCAAGCUCAGCUCCAUUGUGGGAAUCCACAGCAAAUGAUCCCCUCGUUAUCAACAUCAUCCUCAACUCCACCCCAUGAUCAGACCUCAUUGCUAAACCUUCUUCAGUUUUCCCAAGACAGAAACACCAACAACCCCAUGAACACCACUGAUAUUAGCUCCAAAGGAGAUGAUGAUUAUGGGUUCUUUUGGGAUGAGAUGAACUUGGAAGAAACUAGCUUGGGAAAUGGAGGAGCUUCGAACUUGGAGAAUAUGAGAUUCGAAAUGGGUAACAGUAUGGUUUUUUUAUAAAACAAAAAUUAUAAUUUAGUUGCUUAAUUGAAAGACAAAAGCCAAAUAUUAUAUAUAUAUGCAUAUCCAUUUGUUGAUUUAUGAUGUAUUUUGUGGUGUUUGAAUUUGAGGAACAAACUCGUUUGAUUGGAUCAAAUUAAUGUUGUUAGGAAGGAUUGUACUAGUGUAUAUUUGAUUAUUAGGGUUUUUUCUUCUUCU